AUAAUAUCUCCUCUUUUUCUCUGAAAAUCCCAUUUUUUUCAUCUCCCAGACCCAAGGGGAGGCCUUCUCUCAAAGUAAAAAUCUAGUCCUCCAGCCACCCUCAUUAUCACAUUCACACAGUUUCAAUUUGCAUACGGGCUUUUCCUCUCUAAAAUUUUCACCUUUGUUCUUCUUUUCUCUCAGAAAUGAGUGAGUGUUUCAGAUUCAACUAGGCCCCCUUUGUUGUUGUUGUUGUUCUUCUUCUUCUUCUUUUUUCAUAUUAUUUUAGCCCGCAUUGCUGCUUUCAACUUGGUGGUUUUUUUUUAAUAUUGCUCCAUGGACUCUACUGGCUGCUACUCUCUCUAAAUCUAUCACCUGUAGGAAAUAUGAAUUUUGGUUCAAAGAAAGGAUGGAAAUCCAUUGUGCCCCUUCGAUUGAAAGGAAAAUCAGCCACCUGCUUUCGUUUUUUUCGCAAACCAUGGUCAACUAGCUAUGGUCCAGGAAGUGCACCAGUUUAUCUCAAUGUUUACGACUUGACACCCAUGAAUGGCUAUGUCUAUUGGGCAGGCCUCGGUAUCUUUCACUCUGGUGUGGAAGUUCAUGGUGUAGAAUAUGCAUUCGGAGCACAUGACUACCCGACAAGUGGUGUUUUUGAGGUGGAACCUCGGCAAUGUCCAGGCUUUAAGUUCAGGAAAUCAAUAUUCAUUGGGACAACGUGCUUGGAUCCCAUUCAGGUCAGGGAGUUCAUGGAGCAGCAUGCUGCAAGCUACCAUGGUGAUACAUAUCACUUGAUAGUUAAAAAUUGCAACCAUUUCUGCAAAGACAUUUGUUACAAGUUAACGGGGAAAUCAAUCCCAAAGUGGGUAAAUCGACUAGCAAAAAUAGGUUCAGUCUGCAACUGCAUACUUCCUGAAUCUCUCAAGAUAUCUGCUGUGCGGCACGACCCUGAUGGCCAAUCUUAUGAUAGUGAUAGGAGAAGGUUAAGAAGUGCUUUCAGCUACUUGUCUUCAAUCUCAAUGCGACAAAAGCAGCUAUCAACUUCUUCAAUGUUUUUACAAUCACCCUUGAAAGGCUGCCUUCCAUGGGAGUUGAGAAGGUCCAUAAACGGCUCCUUGAAGGAAAGAUGAAAGAAUGUAUGGAGAGUUUCUUUAGCUUCUGUGGAUAUUUUUUAUCCAUGAGCUAAUGAGGGGCUGUGGCUGAAAUGAAUGAUUUUCUAUGUCAUGAUUGUGUUGCUAGUCUGGUGUGAGAAAGAUUUGAUAUGCUAAUUAUUUCUUCUUAAUCUGAGAAGAAGCUUGCCAGAUCAACCCAGAUGCCUUCAUUUGUGUGUUCAAGUUAUGCUCCCAUCUUUUGUUACCAUUUGUUUUUUUCAAGGAAAUUACGAUUUGUCUGUAUUUUAUAUUAUUUUAUUUUAUUUUAUUUUUACCAAAA